AUGAAUCCUGAAGAAGUCCUGGAUGUGGUGCAAUUGACACGCGCCCAAGAGGAACUUUAUGAUUUAUUAAAAACAUUUGAAGUAUCUGAUGACAGCAUCAAUAGUUUUUUGGAGAAUCAGUACGAUCUAAGCUUGCUGGAGAUAAUCGAACGACCGGAACUGGAAGCUUUGAUGCCACAUCCGUACAUGGCCGACAGGUCCAAAUGCAUCCAGGGACUGAAUAGAUGGCGCCUAGGAAAAGGACUACCACCGAUCACCGCACCGCUGAGUAAUAUCGACCAGAACGUUCCAACUACGAGUUGCAAUCGAGGAGACUACACUGCGAAAUCGCUCAUUCAGGAUUCGGACAAGGGUCGUGGCAUCGUACGGACCUACAACGACACACAGCUCCUGUCGAAGGAUGCUAAAACGGCGAUCACGCAAAUUGUAGUCGACGAAUUCGUGGACAAAUUUGGAAAACUCACAACACCAGAACUUAAGCAACGAUCUGAUGAACUGGCCGAACUGUUCCCUAAAGAACCAAAGUUUUCAUGGUAUCGACCUACGACCAUCACAGACGGUCGUGGAAAACGGCUCCGUCUCGGGAAAUACCCUUCAGGAUCGCUGUACUACCGGAACAACAACUACAAGCCCAAGCACUCUCGGCCUGAGAAGGCCGUGGACUCAUCUGUAGAUAGCACUGCCGUAGAAGAGGAAAACGAGGACAUUUUGUUUACCCCCGCUGCAGAGGUUGAGUUGAAGGAGAUCAAAGCGUGGUUGCGCCAUGAGCACGAUGAUUGGGAGGAAGUUAAACUGAAGUGGGCGCAGACGACCACCUAUCGAUUGAACGAAGCUUAUUGCGGACGAUUUACGCUUGAAGAUCUAAUCACGGAAUAUCCGUUGUUGAGCAACCCAAAAGGUCACACUUUGGUUGAAGCUGAUUUCCGGUACAAGUAUCCUGGAGUAGGUGAUGCUCUAUUCAAAAGCUGGGGUCGAUUCCGCACAAGCAUUUACGAUUUUUUCGAAGCGGACAUUGCCGAUGCCGGCGGAAAGGUCCUGGUGAAGCUUCUUACCGACGGCAAAUCUUCGGACGGAGUGGCAUUGUCGGAUGAUGCGCGAGAUUGCAUUACGAUCAUACUACUAGUUUAUCUGCUUCCCACGUUGUCCGUUACACUGAACCAAGAAGGCAAGAAGCGGUGGAAACCAUCUUUCGCCGAGUCGAAGGAAGCAUUUUUGGUGCAUGUAACCAGUCAGGCUGAAAUCGAGACGGGAGUUGAUCGUUAUCGUAACAGGUGCAAGCUGAACGGAUGGCCGGCUCAACCGCUGAUGAUCGUCGUAGGAUCUAAGCUGACGGAGAUCACUGACUAUCUAGUAUACCUCGGAGGAUCGUGCUACAGGUUUAGUACAUUCCUAAAGUCCCUGGAAGUUUGCUACAAACUGUUCAAAAUCUACAAGCUGUCCUUCCCAGCGGAGUCUUCCGGACCUUGGGCGCUGAUCGGUCACUCGCUGUUUAACUUCGAAGUCACGGAACGAGACGUUCAUUACCGUCAAAUCUGUCGUAUUCAGACUCAUCUGAACAAUCAUGAUUAACUGUAUCGUAGACAAAUGUGGGUGGCGAGGCGGAUCAUCUGAAAUAUUAUACUGUCAUCUAAGACGCAUGCACGAUCAAGAAAUUAACUAUAAAUGCAAUGUUUACCUGUGCGACAGAACAUAUUCUUCGAUUUCCACAUUUCGAUUGCACAAUCGGAAGCACUUUAUCCAUCAUCCUUCGAUCGAUUCAAUUCGAAUUACAAACCGAGAAGAAAAUCAACCAGUCAACAACCAGGUCGUAGCAGUCCAGAGCGAUAACGAACAGCCAGCGGUCGAGAGAGAACAGCCAAUAUUCGAGAGAGAGAGAGAAACGCCAAUUGAACCAACUACGUCAAGUAACGUUUCCCCAACAAUGAACAUUAAUUUUCUAACGAAUGAACUGAAACAACUUAACUUGGGAUUCACGCUAAAAUGGCUCAGCAAAAGUGAUUUGCCUCGAAAAAUGGCGUUCGAGCUACGCAGUGACAUAGAGAAAUAUUACCUUGACCCGUUUCGAAAAGCAUUUCAAUUAGCAUCGGUAGUUGAACCAAUCGGGAACUUUACAAAAUCAAUACUGAACGAGUUCGAACAGCCAGAUGAAGAAUCAGAGUACAUGUUUAUUAAAAGGUUGAAGCAACAAGAUUUGCUGUCUGAACCAGAUUUAUUCACUAAAGAUAAUCAGAUUAGAAACGAGCCGCAAUUGAUCGAAGAUUGCAUUGAAGGAGUGAUGAUGCCAAUUCAAUUUCAACUAAGAAAGUUUCUGGAAUCGCCAGGAAUGUACGAUUGCGUCAUGAGGAGUCUUGUACCUUCCAAUGAUGGUACUUUUCGUUCUGUUGUUGAUGGACGAAUUUGGAAAGAACGAAAAGAGCUGUUUGAUGAUCGCCAAGGUGUGGUAGUCCCUCUCAACGUGUACCUCGAUGAUUUUAAUACUUCCGACACGGCAUCCACCCACGCUCCAGCAUCAUCAAUUUGCGGUGUUUACAUUAAUAUUCCCUGUUUGCCUAUGUAUUUAUUGACAAAAUUGAAUAACAUUUUGGUGGCUGGAUACGUCAAAACUGUGGAUAAGAAAAGUAACGACAACAACAGAACUUUCAACCGACUCAUAGAAACUUUGGACGACUUGGAUAAAAAUGGUAUCAAAAUAACAAUACGAAACGAGGAGAAGAAAGUGUAUUUUGCGUUAUGUUUUGUGCUCGGCGACAAUUUGGGGAUGAACGGAAUUACUGGCUUUGUUGAAUCCUUCCGUGCGAAUUUUUUUUGCCGUGUUUGUAAGCGCGUGAAAGAACAAACAGAAUCUGACGUAGCAGAAAUAACCAGUAGUUUAAGAACAGCUCGUAACUAUCAAUUAGAUUUGGCAUUACACGAUAAAUCGCUGACUGGUCUCAAAGAAGAGUGCAUAUUCAAUAAGCUGAGCUAUUUCCAUGUUUGUGACAAUUUUGUUUUCGAUGUUAUGCAUGACAUUCUUGAGGGUGUGUUAGUCUACAAUCUUCAACAUUGCUUGCAUUAUUUUAUUUUUAUUAAACAAUACCUGACUGUCCAAGAUUUGAAUCACCGUAAAAAUACCUUUAAUUUUGGAAACUUAAACUCUAGCAAUCUGCCAGGCGAUUUUGUAGAGAGUAAAGUUAAGAACAAGCAAAUUCGACUGACAGCUUCAGAAAUGAAAACAUUUUGGAAGUUUCUUCCAUUGAUAAUUGGUUCAUUUGUACCGGAAAACGAUCCAGUUUGGCACUUCGUCAAAACAGCUUUAAAAUUAAUGCACGUUGCAUUGCUGGUAGAUGUUCCUAUCAUUUUUGUUGAAGAGUUCAAAAAUCUUGUUCGAGAUCAUCAUAGUCAGUACUUAAUGUUAUUUGAUGAUACGCUUAAGCCAAAGUUCCAUUUCCUCGUUCAUUAUUCAACAGCAAUUCAUAAAUGUGGAUCACUACGUCGGAACUGGGCAAUGAGAUUUGAGGCAAAGCAUCGCGAACCAAAAAGCUACAGCAGAGUUAACAACAACAAGAAGAAUUUAUGCUACUCAUUGGCAGUCAAAGCAGGUUAUACUUUCGCAUAUAAUAUAAUCAACAACAAUUUUUUUUUGGAGAGAAUUAGCAUUAGCAAUAAUCUAACUGUAAAAAAGUUGCCCGAUUCGUAUGCAUUUUGUUUGCGAGCCAUGGAUGGUUUGAUUGAUGUUGAUUCCACAACUUUUCCGAAACACAUUUGCAAGGAGGGAUCAGUUUAUACAAAAGGUUGUACUUUUAUUUUACAGUUAAACAAUUUGAUCAAUAUUUACAAAUGCCUAGAUAUAGUUGUGGACAAGCAGGAUUCUGUUUAUUUCUUCGCACAGAGAUAUGUUGCAGUUAAUUUUAACGAUCAUGUGCAAUCUUACGAAUUAAAUUUAAGAGAUCAGUUAUUGGUACUGAAAGAUCAACCUAAUGUUCACAGCAAACCAGUUAAUUUACAUAGUUACGAGGAUAAGAUUUGUUUGAGGCUCCCAAAUUACUACGACUGCAAUGCAGAUAUCGUAGACACGAUUAUUGUAAACGAUGAACACUAGAAUAAAUGUAAUAAAAAUUACCAGGAAUUUCUUAAUUAUGCUGUUAACCUGUACAUAAACGUAAGAAUA